CUUCCUUAGCAACCCCCCAGGCUCGGGGCUGAGGCGCAGGUGGGCGGCGGGCCGGUAAGCGGCGCGGGCUGGGCUACGGGGCAGCACUGCGGAUCUGUAAAUGAUAAAGCCAGGACAGAAAGGCUGAUAUCCUCUAAAAAUGAGUCAGUCAGACAACAGCUUUGAGCCAAAUGUUAUUGACGAUGAAAUGCUUCAGAAAGCAGUUGAAGAGCAAUGGCCGGAAGACAUAAGGAAGCUUGCCAAAGCAGAAGGUAUUGACUUUAAAGAGGUGAUGGAGCUACAGCUUAGUUUUAGAAAUAUCCUGCAGAUUGAUAAUCUGUGGCAAUUUGAGAAUCUUACUAAGCUGCAGCUGGACAACAACAUCAUUGAGAAGAUAGAAGGUCUGGAGAGUCUGGUUCACCUUGUGUGGCUUGACCUGUCCUUCAACAACAUUGAAGUAAUUGAGGGCCUGGAUACCCUUGUCAAACUGCAGGACCUAAGCCUCUACAACAACAGGAUAUCUAAAAUUGAGCACAUGGACACAUUGCAAAAGCUACAGAUUUUCUCCAUUGGAAAGAAUAACCUGACCAGUCUGGAAAAUGUGGUCUAUCUUAGGAGGUUUAAGAACUUAAACACACUGAAUCUCACUGGGAAUCCUUUCUGUGAUGAAGAGCAGUAUAUGCUGUUUGUUGUUGCUCACCUUCCAGGCUUGGUAUACUUGGACUUCAAACUCGUGAGUGACACCACACGAGAAGUUGCCAUUUCAAAUUACCACUACCUCACUGACCUGCUGGAACACGAGGAAGCCCAGGCCCUCGCUCAGCUGGAGGAAAAGCAGGCACAGCAGAAGGAGCUGGAGUACCACAAGACAGCCUUUGUUGAGUACCUGAAUGGAUCAUUCCUGUUUGACAGCUUGUAUGCAGAGGAUACAGAAGCUGCCAAACUGGCUUACCUCCCCGGAGUGGAUGACCUGCUGCAGGCAUACAGGAAAGAUUUUGUCUCCGUUUGUGAGAACCUGUUUAACUACUGUCUGAAAGAGCAUGAAAAACGAGAAGCUGAAGUCUCUGAUUUCUAUGAAGGCCUCCGCGAAGCGUUGACAGCCAACCAAGAAGAAGGCAGGAGAAUAAUCCUAGACUUUGAAAAUCAGAACAAAACGAGGCUGGAUGAGAUCCAUCAUGCCAGCAGUCACGACACUGCUGAGUCUAUGCGAGCUGAGUACAACGAGGACAUCCUUCAGCUGUCAGAAACACUCAUGACCUUGGAAAUGCAGAUGGUGGACCAGCUGGAGGAACUGAUAAAGGAAUUUGAAGGAAACAUUGCUGUCAUUGCAUCAACAUUCACUGAAAAUGUUAAAGGCAUGAUGACACAGUGCCGGGACCUCGAAAACCGUCACCAUGAGAAGCUGCUAGAGAUCUCCAUCAGUGCUCUGGAGAAAUCACUUAACAAUGAGCUCGAUGAGGAAUUGCCAGAUGAUGUUCGUGAGUUUCUUGUGGACAAAAACACCAUUGUCAACAUGGUCGACAAAUCCCAUAAUAUCCACCUGCUGAAGAUCAGCAUGCGAGAGUGUGACAUCCUCCUCAACAUGUAUCGCUGGGAGGCCUCUGUGAAAGAGAAGGCUCUUCAAGAUGAGAUUGACAGAAACCGCAACCGUAUCAAAGAGAUUUUUCAGUACAUCGAUGAUCUCCAGGAGCAGCUGGAUAACACACAGAUUCCAGAGCUCACGGAGUAGGUCUGCCAUGGGCCAGGCAGCUGCCUUAUCUGGGUGCACACAGCAGCAAAACACUCAGCAAGGACACUGCCCCUCUGUGCCUGUGCUGUCUGGAACAUUUCAGGCCAAAGGCCUGCUUCCAUCCUGCCACAGUCAGCAAAUAAAAGAUACUUAUUGUUUCUGUAAAAGCACACGAAGCUUUGUCUCUUCCAUCACGUUGGCAUGAAGCCCAUCCCGAGUUCAGACCUGGUCACAAGGGGUUAUGGCUCAGCUGUGAGCUAAUUGAACCAAAUCAUCAUAGCACAUCAUGCCUGAAAGCUUUAGUACCUGCAAGCACAGAGGCAGGAACCUGUGAGCCACAGGCACAUGGCAGCAGCCGGGGAGAGGAGCGCUCUCCAUCAAACCCCUCCCAGAAUAACAGCAGGUUUCUAGCUCAGCAAGCACAAGGCUGUGGCUGGGGCUCUGCGUUCCUAGCAGCCUUGUCUCAUCACUGCCUCUUGCAAAAGCAGCUUUCUGCAGCGUGAGCAGAGCAGCCCCCAGCUAGCAGGAAGGGAAAUCAAUGGUUCCACAGGAACUCACACACUGCCGCUCGCAACAGCCGAGCGAGGAGUCAUUAAUUCCCCUCCUUGCUCAGUGACAGCAGCUGCUGCACUCACUUGUGGGCAGCUUCUGAGGAAUGAUGCUGGCCAGGGCGGUACUGCUAGAGGCAAGCAGCAAGGAGAAAGGUGGGAAGGUUAAAUGAAAGGGUGGCUGCACAUGCACUCUGGGGAGAGACCAGGUCUCCUGAAAGCCCUUCAGCUAGUGCUGCCUGAUGUACAGAUUUAGCUCCGAGUGCAUUAUGCUUUUGGAAAUGGCUGCAGCCCAGGUUUCCCCCUCCCUGCUUGCUCCAGCGCUGCACAGUCAGCUCCCUGCUGCUCCUUGGCUGCUAGGACAGGGCACCUAGCACAGAGACUCACACAGAGACACAGAGAGAGCUAAUCCAUCUGA